AUGCUUAUCAGAAGGUGGAGUAGCGGCGCAACCGCAACCAGAGCGUGGAGGAGUCGGGCAUACCAGAGCGUGGAGGAGUCGGGCAUACCAGAGCGUGGAGGAGUCGGGCAUACCAGAGCGUGGAGGAGUCGGGCAUACCAGAGCGUGGAGGAGUCGGGCAUACCAGAGCGUGGAGGAGUCGGGCAGACCAGAGCGUGGAGGAGUCGGACAUACCAGAGCGUGGAGGAGUCGGGCAUACCAGAGCGUGGAGGAGUCGGGCAUACCAGAGCGUGGAGGAGUCGGGCAUACCAGAGCGUGGAGGAGUCGGGCAUACCAGAGCGUGGAGGAGUCGGGCAUACCAGAGCGUGGAGGAGUCGGGCAUACCAGAGCGUGGAGGAGUCGGACAUACCAGAGCGUGGAGGAGUCGGGCAUACCAGAGCGUGGAGGAGUCGGGCAUACCAGAGCGUGGAGGAGUCGGGCAUACCAGAGCGUGGAGGAGUCGGGCAUACCAGAGCGUGGAGGAGUCGGACAGACCAGAGCGUGGAGGAGUCGGGCAUACCAGAGCGUGGAGGAGUCGGGCAUACCAGAGCGUGGAGGAGUCGGGCAUACCAGAGCGUGGAGGAGUCGGGCAUACCAGAGCGUGGAGGAGUCGGGCAUACCAGAGCGUGGAGGAGUCGGGCAUACCAGAGCGUGGAGGAGUCGGGCAGACCAGAGCGUGGAGGAGUCGGGCAUACCAGAGCGUGGAGGAGUCGGGCAUACCAGAGCGUGGAGGAGUCGGGCAUACCAGAGCCUGGAGGAGUCGGGCAUACCAGAGCGUGGAGGAGUCGGGCAUACCAGAGCGUGGAGGAGUCGGGCAUACCAGAGCGUGGAGGAGUCGGGCAUACCAGAGCGUGGAGGAGUCGGGCAUACCAGAGCGUGGAGGAGUCGGGCAUACCAGAGCGUGGAGGAGUCGGGCAUACCAGAGCGUGGAGGAGUCGGGCAUACCAGAGCGUGGAGGAGUCGGGCAGACCAGAGCGUGGAGGAGUCGGGCAUACCAGAGCGUGGAGGAGUCGGGCAUACCAGAGCGUGGAGGAGUCGGGCAUACCAGAGCGUGGAGGAGUCGGGCAUACCAGAGCGUGGAGGAGUCGGGCAUACCAGAGCGUGGAGGAGUCGGACAUACCAGAGCGUGGAGGAGUCGGGCAUACCAGAGCGUGGAGGAGUCGGGCAUACCAGAGCGUGGAGGAGUCGGACAUACCAGAGCGUGGAGGAGUCGGGCAUACCAGAGCGUGGAGGAGUCGGGCAUACCAGAGCGUGGAGGAGUCGGGCAUACCAGAGCGUGGAGGAGUCGGGCAUACCAGAGCGUGGAGGAGUCGGGCAUACCAGAGCGUGGAGGAGUCGGGCAUACCAGAGCGUGGAGGAGUCGGGCAUACCAGAGCGUGGAGGAGUCGGGCAGACCAGAGCGUGGAGGAGUCGGGCAUACCAGAGCGUGGAGGAGUCGGGCAGACCAGAGCGUGGAGGAGUCGGGCAUACCAGAGCGUGGAGGAGUCGGGCAGACCAGAGCGUGGAGGAGUCGGGCAUACCAGAGCGUGGAGGAGUCGGGCAGACCAGAGCGUGGAGGAGUCGGGCAUACCAGAGCGUGGAGGAGUCGGGCAUACCAGAGCGUGGAGGAGUCGGGCAGACCAGAGCGUGGAGGAGUCGGGCAUACCAGAGCGUGGAGGAGUCGGGCAUACCAGAGCGUGGAGGAGUCGGGCAGACCAGAGCGUGGAGGAGUCGGGCAUACCAGAGCGUGGAGGAGUCGGGCAGACCAGAGCGUGGAGGAGUCGGGCAUACCAGAGCGUUAAGGAGUCGGGCAUACCAGAGCGUGGAGGAGUCGGGCAUACCAGAGCGUGGAGGAGUCGGGCAUACCAGAGCGUGGAGGAGUCGGGCAGACCAGAGCGUGGAGGAGUCGGGCAUACCAGAGCGUGGAGGAGUCGGGCAUACCAGAGCGUGGAGGAGUCGGGCAGCAGGCCGAAGAAGAUCCCUCCGGGGGCCAGCAGUGUUGCCACGUUCGCCAGGAACUGUGAAGCCGCGGCGCCAUACGGGGCGCCGUGCGCGCGCCACUCCUCCGCCGCCUCCUCCAGCGAUGAUGGCGUCACGUCUGCCCCGCCCCCCUCCCACCCGUGCCAUGGGAGCGAGGGCAGAGCGAAUGGGGGGACGGAGGGGGGAAGGAGGAGGAAGUGGGUUGGAACGAAGGGGGAGUGCUCUACCGCCCCCCACCGCUCGCUGCCAGGGGGCAUGCUACUCUGUGAGCCGCUUUCCCCACCCAUCGCCCACCCAUCGCCCAGCCAUCGCCCGGCCAUCGCCCAGCCAUGGUGCACCCGUCCCCUCCGAGGGGAGUCCCGGCGGCGUACCUCGUCACCGGGCGCGACGAGUUCCGCCAGCAGCACGCGCUUCGCCCACUGCUGCAGCCCCGCCAGCUGCGAGCUCGCCGUCGCAGGGGCCAUCGCGACGACUGGCGACGCCGCUGAUAGACUGCAGCAGGGCCGGGCGCGGAACGGGACGGGGCGGGCAGGGUGUGCGGCAGUGGCUGCUGUGCGCGCGGCGGCGGCUGCUGCGCUUGCGGCGGCGGCUGCUGUCUGCGUGGCGGCGGCUGCUGCGGGCGUGGCGGCGGCUGCUUCUCGUGUGCAUGCAGUGGCGCACCCGAUCGCGGCUGCUGCUGCUGUGGGACGAAAAAAAGGGGGAGGGGGGGGGGGGGGGGGGGGGGGGGGGGAGGAGGGAGGGAGCAGCGUGCGGCGGCCUAUGUGCGCGCGGGUGCGUGCAGGAGCUGCUGCGCGCGCGUUCGACUAG